AUGGAAUACGGAGAAAAUGAUCAGCAUUCCACAGUUCUUCCUAGUGAUUGUAAGGACAUUCUUGAGAAUGGUCACCUUAAUUCAGGUGUAUACGACAUUUUUCCGUACGGGACUCGCAUCCAGCCAGUCGGAGUCUACUGCGAUAUGGAAACAUUAAACGGGGGAUGGACGGUAAUACAAAGAAGAGUAGACGGUUCUUUGAGUUUUAACAGGAACUGGGCAGAAUACAAGAGUGGUUUUGGUUCACCAGAACAGAAUAUCUGGUUAGGAAAUGACGUAAUCCAUCAGCUAACAAAGGGAAAGAACUCAUUCCUUUAUGUAGCCAUCACACUAAGGAAUGGCACAAAAUUAUUCGAGUUAUACAAUGGAUUUUCUGUUUCUAAUGAGGCAGAGAAGUAUAAACUUUUUCUGGCUGGACCUGCCACAGGAACCUUAGGUGACAUGAUGUUUAACCCCGGAGAUCCAUACAUGUCUUUAUCUGGGAUAUUCUUCAGUACCCCAGACAGGGACCACGACAGGAGUCCACGUACUGUAGGAUGUGCCGAGGAAUUCAUGGGAGGAUGGUGGUUUUAUUACUGUCACUACGCCUACCUGAAUGGCGUCUGGUCCUCACAGAGCUGGAGUAGACCGUGGUAUCCUACCUUUAUGACUGGGGAAGAUGUUAGGGGGACGCUGAUGCUGAUCAAGCGCCACUAG